GCCGAUGGUGAAGGCCGUGAAGGCGGGGACGAGCAAGAAGGCUCCUGCAGCGAGCAAGGGCAAGGAUGCCAAGCAGGCUACCUAUGUGGAAAUGAACCGCUUCCUGGCGAUGGCAGUCCAGACGACUGCGACCUCUCUGAUUUCGACGAUGACCUUGCUGAAGAGCUUUUCUUGGGCUUUGCACAAGGGGCUGACUCUGCUAGACGUGUUGUGCGAUUGGCUUGUGUGGCCGAUACAAAGCUUCGGAGGUAUUGAUGAUCGAGAGCUGAGGGAGCUGGCCAAAUGUGGCCAGAGCAAAAAGAACGAAUGCCGUGCCCUACAUCGGCUCAUCCACCGCACUGGCCGGACACUACCGGUCAGAAUUUCAGAAGUACAAACCCCUGUUAGGAUUCCUGGGCAGCGUCGAACAACAAAGGUCAAUUUUCCAGUCCUAUAUCCUACGUCCUGGGCUCGGCAGAUUCUCUCUGACGGGGGAAAACUACUUUUGGCGGGGUUCUCCAUCGAGCAAGAAGAGCAGUAUCGAGACACAUUUAGAACAUUCUGGAGCAGGUUCUACAACUUUAGGCCUGACUUGGACCUCUACCAGCAAAGCAGCUUUGAUGCAUCAACUUGCAUACCGGUAGCACUUCACGGUGAUGAAGGCCGUGGGAAGCUUCGUCGAGCUAUCAUGAUACUAUCACUGCAGCCGGUAAUAUCCUACAAGGGCCCAAUGUACACCAACAUGAGUGGGCCCCAUGUCAUCAAGCGAACAACAAUUGUGUCUAGUUCGAUCGAUAAUCUAGGCCUAGGAUUAAACAAUUUUUGA